AUGACGUAUAAAGAAAUCAGCGACGAGAAGAUCAAGCGCAAAUAUCGCCAAACAGGUGGAUUGACAAUUAACACUCCCAGCAUUUCCCAUUCUUCUCCCAAGUCAAAACACUUUAUAAAUGAGCAGUCAACUUCCUCAAUUGAUUCUACGUUCUCUGAUGACGAGUUCAACUUUCUGUCUGGCGCUGACGAAUUUUACUUCCAGAAUCCCAGCCCUCCUACUAGUACAUCAAGUCACAUGGAAGAACUUCAUGUACAAGAGAACUGGAAAAGCUACUCUUCUCAAGCUCAUGACUUAACAUUUAACCAGUACAGUCUGAUUGAAAUUGAUAAAACCAACACCAAUGAUAAGGCUGUUCCCAACUGUGAAAUAUCCACAUCAUCUACCACCCCGCAAAUGAUGAUUGAUCUACCAUCUCCUAUUCCGAAAGAUUUUGAAAAUGACAAUUUGAACUAUCUCAUUAUGGAUACACCCCUAGCACAUACUGAGAUGUGUACUAUCUUUCCUAUCGAUAACGAAGAAUCUUCCAAGCAACAAGAGGACAACGAGACUGAAAUCCAGGAAGUGACUAAAAGUGUCAUUCGCCAGUUACGGUACCACUGCCAAGUUCGAAAGUAUGAUGUUCUCAAAGCCAAUUUAGCUGCCAUAGACUCAACAAGCGUCACUGAGAGAGAAUUGAGUAGGGUGGGUUGGGGAGACACAGACAGUCAAGCGUUCUUCCGUGAUGACCCACCUACAUUAAUUUGGAAAACUGAUGUUCAUCAGAACAUUGGUGCUCCCAUCCUUCACGAGGCUCCUCCUUACUCUGAACACACUGGAGAAUUAAGUGAACCCUUGGGAUGUUUGUCACCUAAAUUCAAUUUCAAUAGCAGCCAAUCGUUGAAUGUUGCCAUUGAGAAUGCCAAUUUACUCCUUGUUGACCGACAGAAGGUUCGGUACAAUGAAAUGAACGAUUUGUUUGAGGCGGCUCAUAAACAUGUGAAGAUCUCAGUAACCAAUUUCAUCGAGCUCUUGGGAAUGGUUAUCGAUGGAGUUAAGACGCUCAAUUCAAUUACUCAUAGAAUGCUUGCAUGUCAGAUCAGAUAUUCAGAGAUUAAGGUGGGUGCAGCAAAAACUCUACCCACAGAAGGGGCCCCGUGGAUCUUCAUCGAGAAGGAACUUCUAUUAUGUAUGGUUGAUGACGAUAACAUUCGAAAUGAAUUAUUAGCUAAUAGGAAAUUCUUUCGAGACUCAGCUUCGUUUCUCCUGAAUCAUUUGAGGUCAACCCUCACCGAAGUAAUCAAUGCGAUGAUUAUAAACGACCGUCUCGAGGAUCUUUAUCUGAAAUUUAUUUGCGAUAUGGGUGACUCAUUGGAAGUCGGUCAGCUUUCAUUUCUGUGCUAUUCCUCUUACAUGAGCCACAUUGAAUUCAUUGUCAACAAUGCAAAAGCGUUUUCUGAUUUUGACUUCGAGAGUAUGAUGGAGAACUUAAUUUCAAAUCAUGCAAAGUUGGAGAAGCUCUGUAAUUCUAUGUUUGAAUCUUCGCAGGAGCUUUAUCACCACUUCAAAGCGCGGUUGAUGACAACAUGA